AUGCGGAGACGCUGGUUGGCGGCGAUCUCGGAGGCGUGCCGGUACGGACUCACACAUGAUGCGGGCAAUCCCAUAGUAUUCUCAACUCCUUCCUUUUUCUCUCUGUCGACAUGCAAGACUAGCUUCGGCGCAUACGUACUGCAGACAUCGAGGGCAUCUGAACAAGACGACCACGAAAUGACUCUGGGGCGAAGAAUUCUCGGGACGGUUGCAGCCGUUAGUGUCUUCACGACGCGAUUCAACAGUCACGCUGCUGCCAGUCCCCGUGUAGAAGAGCAGAAGCCCAUUAUCGAUUCAGAAUCGCAGGAUGUAGAGUACGACUCACACUGGACAAGAUCACCACUAUACGAGCGUGCCGAGUCGUUGAUGAAGGAGAGUCCUCUCAUCGACACACAUAUUGAUCUCCCGCAGAUCAUUCGGUCCCUCGACCGUCAUCCACUGUCCAUCCUGCCCGACCUUGCGACAUACACACCUGGUCAUAUCGACAUCCCUCGCCUCCGAAAAGGCAAUCUCGGGGCAGCCUUCUGGACGGUCUGGGCGCCAUGUCCGGACUUCCUGGGCAUCGAAGUCGGCGCCGACUACAACAUACCCAACGACGGUCUUCGCGAUGCCUUGGAAGUGCUCGAUCUGAUCAAUCAGAUGAUAGCGUCGCACCCCGACCAUUUCCAGUACGCCCGUUCAUCUGAAGACAUCCGCUCAGUCUUCAAGUCAGGCAAAGUCGCCAGUCUACUUGGGAUGGAAGGCACCCACUUCCUGGGGAACUCCUUAUCCACCGUCAGACUAUUCGCACAACUAGGCGUCCGCUACGUCAGUCUCACACACAUGUGCCACAGUGCAUUUGCAUCGUCUUCCGGGUUCGGAAAGCCCAUGGCUCCGUCGGGCCACGAAGGCAACGGUCUCUCAGACCUUGGGAGAGAGCUCAUCGCCGAGCUGAACCGCUUAGGGGUCUUGGUUGAUCUCUCUCACUCGAGCGACGAGACUGCGAGGCAGGCUAUCGAAAUUUCCAAGGCACCUGUGGUGUGGACACAUUCCGUCUCGCGGGCUCUGCACGAUCACCCGCGGAAUGUGCCUGAUGAUGUCCUGAAGUUGAUUGGCUCCGGCGAGGGCAAGAACCCUGGGGUUAUACAGUGUGUCUUCUUCCCUGCGUUUGUGGGCCCCACGGUCGAGUCUGCCAAUGUCUCAAGGCUCGCGGACCAUAUUGAGCAUGUUACUGGUAUAGUGGGAAAGAAGCAUGUGGGGAUAGGGUCCGACUUCGACGGGAUGUUUGCUUCCGUCAAAGGUCUUGAGGAUGCCAGCAAGUAUCCGAACUUGAUCACCGAAAUGCUGAUCCGUGGCUGGUCGGACGAGGAGGUCAAAGACCUCAUGGGGCGCAAUCUCAUGCGAGUUAUGGACGAGGUGGAUGCCGUUGCGGAGGGUCUGAAGUCUGAGAAAGUCUCGACAGCGAUCUGGGAAAAGCGAACGGACCUGCCGGCUCAAUGGGGCGGCGACGACAAUAUGUUCUACCCGUACGAGGUGCAGGAUAUCCAGGCCAAGAUACCCCUGCAUGACGAGUUGUGA